AUGAUCAAUACAUCAAAACUUCAACCAAGCACCAGAGAGUGGGAUGCACAUCUCAAAAUAUAUUCUAUCGUCAAGAAAUGGGGUUCGCUUUCAGAACGUUCUCGCAAAGAUUAUAUAAAGGCUGUUCAAUGCUUACAAUCAAAGCCUCCUAGAAGCACGAAAGAAGAUGUGCCUGGUGCAAGAAGUCGAUAUGAUGAUUUCAGCGCUACUCAUAUCAAAGUGACACCUUAUGUUCACUUCAGCUAUAUCUCUAUGAAAAAGCCCUUCGUGAAGAAUGCGGCUACAAGGGAUACCAGCCCUACUGGGAUUGGACACUCUCCUGGGAAGAUCCGCGGAAAUCCAGCGUUUUCAAUGGCUCCCCAACAUCUAUGGGAAGUAAUGGUGCUUUCAAAACCUAAUCGUACCAGUACCACUAUCUCCGCAUUCGAAAUUACUCUAGACAUCCCUCCUGCCACUGGUGGCGGUUGUAUAUCGGGUCCUUUCUCAAAAAACUAUACUGUUAAUCUCGGUCCCAUCGCUUACGCUCCCUAUGGUCCCGAUCACGGUCUAGGAUACAAUCCCCGCUGUCUAUCGCGCGAUAUCUCAUUGAUGGGGUUCACGCGGGUGGACAUUCUCAAUGGGUGGUUUGGGUCUAGAUGCGGUAUGCCAGUGCGGGAGACCAGCUUUUUGGUACAUCAUGCUAUGGUGGAUAAAGUCUGGAGUUUGUGGCAGAGUUUAAAUGCAGGUAACAGGACGAACAUGGUUUAUGGGACAGGCACAGCGUUUAAUGCACCUCCGAGUGCAAAUAUUACGCUUGAUACACUGGUUGAUUUUGGUAUUCUGGCACCGAAACAGAAGAUUAGUAGUCUGAUUUCAACGAUUGAUGGAGCUUUCUGUUAUGCUUAUGUUUAG